AUGGCGUCAAGGAAGAAGGUCCUCCUUAAGGUCAAUAAGAAAUUCAGUGGAAGCUACAAAGCCACUAUCGGAGCUGAUUUCCUCACAAAGGAAGUUCUUGUCGACGACCGACUGGUAACAAUGCAGAUUUGGGAUACUGCAGGCCAAGAACGCUUCCAGUCGUUGGGAGUCGCCUUCUACCGUGGAGCCGACUGCUGCGUCCUGGUCUACGAUGUUAACAACUCCAAGAGUUUCGAGGCUCUCGACAGCUGGCGGGAUGAGUUCCUGAUCCAGGCUAGCCCGAGAGAUCCAGAGAGUUUCCCAUUCGUAAGUGGCGUUCCCACAUUCCUUUUCCUCAUCUCGUGCGCCACAGCAGCAGGCAAGAAUGAUAUGUUGGUCCGUGCUGAUGGUUAUGUGCAGGUUGUCAUCGGUAACAAGAUUGAUGUAGAGGAGAGCAAGCGUAUGAUCUCCUCAAAACGGGCCAUGACUUUCUGUCAGUCGAAGGGUAACAUUCCCUACUUCGAGACCAGUGCCAAGGAAGCUGUCAAUGUCGAACAGGCGUUUGAAGUCAUCGCACGGAGUGCACUUGCCCAGGAAGAGGCUGAGGAAUUCAGCGGUGAAUUCAGCGACCCAAUCAACAUCCAUCUAGACAAUGACCGUGAUGGAUAUGACAACAGCCCGACUAAUACCCCUUCCAACCCGGCAUCCUCGGCUACAAACGUAGCGAUUGCGACAUCGGCAACACGAGGUUCGCCAGAUUACACCCUGAGGAGUCGCGCAAAUCUGCCUUCUCUUACAAACAACCAUAAUCACUAUGACCUCGGCCACACACGAGGGGCCCGGCACGAUGCCACUGGGAAUAGCGCGGCGAACAUUAGGAAUCAUCCUGCUCCUGGUGGUGGUUGUGCUAUGGACAACCUCGAAUUUCCUUGGAAGUAUUCACAUGACCCCGAGGCCGAGGAGGAGAGCAUACUACACAGCGGCUCCGAUGAAGAAGAUGGGCGAUUCGCGCCGGAGAGACAGGAUCCUCCAAACGGAAAGCUAGGGCUCAAAGCAACAGCUAAACUCAGUAUUCAGUUUUGUCUUCUCUGGUUUACUGCAAAUUACUUCGCCAUGGGGUGCCUCCAAUUUACGUCAGUUGGAAGCACAACCAUUCUGACUUCUACCAGUGGUGUAUGGACCAUGGUUUUUGGCGCACUGCUCCGUGUUGAGAAAUUCACCAUGCGCAAAUUCAUGGGUGUCAUGGCUUCUCUAAUUGGUAUUAUCCUAAUUUCGCGCGUCGAUCUCUCCAAGUCAGACACAGGCGACGCUACAGAUGGCAGUGAAGGUUCAUUCCCACACAAAUCCUCCGGUGAGAUUGCCCUUGGCGAUGCCAUGGCGGCGUUCAGCGCCAUUCUAUAUGGUCUUUACACCGUCGUGAUGAAGAAACAAGUUGGCGACGAGUCCCGGGUAAACAUGCCACUUUUCUUCGGACUGGUUGGAUUUUUCAACAUUAUCUUCCUGUGGCCUGGUUUCUUCGUCAUGCACUGGACGGGUUUGGAGCCCUUCUCUUUGCCCGAAACGUCGCGAGUGUGGUCAAUCAUUUUGAUUAACGCAUUUGCAUCAUUCAUCUCUGAUAUUGCUUGGGCUUACGCUAUGCUUCUUACCACACCGCUCAUUGUGACCGUCGGGCUCAGUAUGACCAUCCCACUCUCCCUGAUUGGACAGAUGGUCCUACAGUCACAAUACUCUAGCCCUAUGUACUGGGUCGGAGCAGCUAUCGUGUUCUUGUCGUUCUUGGUUGUGCAACACGAGAGCAAGCCUCAAGAUGAUCUCACCACUACUGAUGGAGCAGGCGGGUCCUUCUCGGGUGAGUAUAACAGCAUUCCCGUUGAAGAAGAGGAAAUGCGUUAG